AUGGCCACUACCAUUGCCGAAGUUGUUUGGCUUCAACAACUUUUGCAGGACCUUCAUGUUGACAUUUCCUCUCCUCCCAGUUUACAUUGUGACAACGUCUCUGCUAUGGCUUUGGCUACAAAUCCGGGACAUCUCGUUGCAUUUGGAGAACAGUUCGAGCAGUUUGCAAGAGUACACGACAUUAUAUCAAAAUUACAGGGUGAGAGUGGAUUGGCUAAUAUAUCAAAGUCUCUCUUCCUCUUCAGCGUUGGAGGCAAUGACAUCUUCGAACAUUUUCUUUUUAACAAUACUACUUCUGCAAAAGUCUUCAUUGCGACUCUCAUGUCCACUUAUGAAAGUCGAUUAAGGCGUCUUUUUGACCUUGGAGCCAAAAAAUUUGGGAUUAUUAGUGUUCCACCAGUUGGGUGCGUCCCAUUGCAGCGUAAUUCUGCUAAAGAUGGUAGCUGUUCUGAGCCCAUGAAUGAGUAUGCUAAAUUGUUUUACAAAGCACUUCAAGGAGUCUUGCAGAAGUAA